AUGGAGGCCCUAUUCUUCAACGUUGACACUGGAUUUCUGGAGGGGAUUAUUCGCGGCUACAAGGCCGGUAUCCUCAACCAGGGGCACUACUCCAACCUCACUCAGUGCGAUACACUUGAAGAUUUCCGGACACAACUAUCGGCGACGGACUAUGGCAACUUCCUCGCCAACGAACCCCUCCCCAUCUCGACCUCAACCAUUGCAGAGAAGGCCACCCAGAUUCUCGUCGACCAAUUUAACUUCAUUAGGACCAAUGCCGUCGAGCCUCUGAGCAAGUUCCUGGACUACAUUACAUAUGGGUACAUGAUUGACAACGUCAUCCUGCUUAUCACCGGAACGCUGCAUGAGAGGGACACACAUGAACUUCUGGAACGGUGUCAUCCACUUGGUUGGUUCGAGACUAUGCCCGCGCUCUGCGUCGCCACGAACGUUGAGGAGCUCUACCAGACCGUUCUUGUUGAGACGCCAUUAGCGGAGUACUUCCGUGACUGCAUCUCCGCCGCUGACCUCGAUGACCUCAACAUCGAAAUCAUCCGCAACACGCUCUACAAGGCUUACCUCGAGGACUUCUACUCCUUCUGCAAGUCUAUUGAUGGGCCUACGGCGGAUGUCAUGACUCGUGUUCUCUCCUUCGAGGCCGACAGACGGACUAUCAACAUCACCAUCAACUCCUUCGGCACUGAGCUCACCAAAGAACAACGCGCCCGUCUCUUCCCCACCAUCGGUCGCCUAUUCCCCGAGGGCAACAACUCCCUCGCCAAAGCAGACGACAUCGACCAAGUCCGCUCCGUAGCCGAAGCCAUCCCGGAAUACCGCACGUUCUUCGACGGAGCGUCCUCGUCGUCCAACGGCGGUGCCAACGGAGACGUGGACGGAGACCUGGGACUGGCGUCACAAUUGGAAGACAAGUUCUUCGUGGCGGAGGUGCACCUGAACAAGCUCGCGUUCCUGCAGCAGUUCCAGUAUGGCGUGUUCUAUGCGUACUUCAAGUUGAAGGAGCAGGAGAUCAGGAAUCUGACGUGGAUUGCGGAGUGUAUUGCGCAGGAUGCGAAGGACAGAGUUCAGGACUUUAUACCUAUCUUUUAGUAACCGCUCUCCCUCACGUUCUGGCCUGGUUGACAUUCUAUCUUCUCUGAACUUAGGCAUGCGCUUUAAUGAUGAGCGGUCGUUCGGUCUGCUUCAAUAGUGUGCACAAGAGAAAUUUGCAUGUUGGACAACCAUACAAG